AUAUUUGAUGCCCAAUUAGUGAUUUUGGAACAUAAAUCCAUCAUUUGCGCAGGAUAUUCAGCAGUUAUGCAUAUUCAUUGCGCAGCUGAAGAGGUGACAGUUAAGGCUUUAUUAUGUCUGGUAGACAAAAAAACAGGCGAUAAAUCUCGCACACGACCACGUUUUGUGAAGCAAGAUCAAGUUGCUAUUAUACGAAUUGAAUGCGCUGGUGUUAUUUGCCUGGAACGUUUUCAGACAUUUCCACAUAUGGGCAGAUUUACUCUAAGGGACGAAAAUAAAACUAUUGCCAUAGGAAAAGUAUUGAAAGUGAUAGAAUGAAAAAUUUAUCUACCGAUUUACUUUGAUAUAUUUAUAAAAAAAUCUACAAAGUAUAUAUAU